UUAUCAGACACACAGACAGCAAAACAUUUGCUCUCCCAUAUUGUAUUUUUUUUUAUUGUUUUUGCUUUUAUUCGAUUUUGAUUUCAAGACACUCUCCCAUGGAGGCCACUAGAGCUGUUUCUUGCUCGGCUCUAACGAACAACAACUUUAAUGUGAAGGUGCUGAUUGAGAAGUUCGAGCGCAUGAGCACGGCAGAGAGCAUUGAGGAGCUUACUGCCUCCUUCAGUUCGGCGCAGAGCUACGCCAAAAACAGCAGCAGCAGUACCAACAGCUUCUGGGAGACCCAGUCGCUCAACGGUUACGUAGCCCAGACUGUGGCUAAAUUUGAUCCGACCUUUCUCUUCAAUCGCGUCUCCCGACGCGUAAGAACAAUGCAGGCGCGUAAUAAGCCGCAAUCAGCCCUGGCCGAGCAAGUGGAAAAAGGGCAAGGCGAUGCCGAUGGCAAAAAAGUCGUGCUGGCCGUGGCACAGGACCAGUUGACCGAGGAGCAACUGCCCCUGGAUCUCGAAGUUCGCUUCUGCGUACCGCCGACUGAGGCGCCGCAGGAUAAAAUGGCGGCUGUGUUCAGUCGCCGUCGCAAACAAAAUAAACACAAAGCGUUCACUGUCUUGCCCAAAUUUAUCUCUCGCAUUAUUCAAGCGCUGCGCAAUGCUAUUCUGCGUCUCAUGCGACUGCUGAAGGGUCGACAAUUGCAGGAGCAAGCCGGCCAGGAGCCAGAUGGAGUAAGCAGAACGCUUCCCUGUUCGAUCGUUAGCGAACCAGCGAGCGGAAGUGUCUGCUGAGAGAUGUCGCUUGGCCCUGAUGAGGGUCUGGCUUGGCAAGGUAAAUAGUUGGCAUUAGUGAAUAUUUGUAUGUAAAUCAAGAGCUCGGCUAAAAAUUAUCAAGUGUGCUGCAAAUUUAUGGAUUCGGUUGGUAAAACAUUUCAAGCACCCCCCGGCGCCUAACGGACCAUUUUCUCUUACCACCCUCUAGCAUGGGGAUGGUGAUGAUAUAUUUGAAGAACUCAUUUCAAAAUUUGCAAGUUUAUUAAAAAUUCUUGGGUUUGAUUUAGGGAAAGAAUUUAAAAGUCUUUCCAUGCUAAGCGAUUUCUCUAACAGUCAACAAUCAGAAUAAGGGAUCCUUUGGCGAAACAAUCUAGUGGGUUGGCAGAAACAAACAAUUUCUGUUUGAAUACCUUUUGAUAAUACUAACUUGUGUAAACGAGAAAUUUUUAGGUGUAUUGUAAAUCUUUCGGCUCGUUUUCGGCUACUAGACUAAAAUAAUAUACUUGUAGUAGAUGACAA